AGGAAUCAUGUUGUCAUCUCAGAGAAGAUUGAACUUUCAAGAAUCCAUUGGUUGUGCAUCACAGAAUCUAAUAAUCGCAAAUUUGAAAUCCAAUCCACUGGUGAAGGUGACAGGUGAUAACCUAGAUAUAUAUAUUAUGAGAUCAAACCUGACAUCAGACAACAGGAAUCUGGAUCUUCAUCUAUUUACCUCAAAUAUCAUUUUUAGUCGAGUUGCUACAGUUGACAUGAAUAAUGAUAUACCAAAUACUGAUGUGUCCCAAUUAUCUGCAGAUGAUGUUCUCCUUAGAGCAAGUGGCCCAGAAAGACUUAAGUUCAUGGAUGUAUGUUGUGUGUUGCUCUGCAGAAUAUUAUGUCAAUUGCCAUAUUUUCAGAAGUUUGGGAAGAUUUUGCCAAAACAUAUUCCACAUGAAUUUUCACAGAAAAUGGCUAGUGCUUCAAAAGUUAUGUCAUUGCCCAUCCAGUUCAAAAAUGAAGCUAAGCAUGAAGAUUGCUUAGCAAUUAUGGAUAAGUUUGAAGACCAGAUUACAACAAUGUACCAAACUGCCUUCGGUAAUUUGGAAACUCUUAGAAAAUUCAAAGUGGUUUUGGGGGGAGACCAGUUAACGAGAGCAAGAUUGCAAGAGGCAAAAAACCUGCGGACCAUCUCUAUAACACCUGAAAGAAGAUUUGAUGAUUUGAACCCAAUUGUAAUUGAGAUGUGGCAUAACAAACAAGACUUUUUAGAGAAAUGCUUCAAGUGCUUAUACAAGGGUGAGAAUUCUCCUGGAACACUCAGCUUUUUCAAAACGCUCUUACAUCGGACAAAUGUGAAUGGGCAGGUGAAAGGAAGAUUCCAACCCCACUUUGAUCUUCUUAUGACUGUUGGGGAGGGACUGGUUAAAGAACAGUUUAUGGAAUUUUUCCAAAUGGAGAAUAAGUACAGCCAACCCAACCACAAGAACUUUGAAGAUAUUGACAUCAAAUCAUCUGAAGAACAGAAAUCUUUAUUACUGGCUGCUGUGAUUGAUUUUAUGAAGUAUUUUGGAUACUGCAAUGCAGAUACAGCUGAAGGUCUUCCUCAACCACUAAGGGGAACAUUGAAAUACCAUCUACAAAAAACAGGGGAUGAAAAUCAGUGGAUUCUAGUGCCAUACCAUGAAAAACCACUAGAUGAUGAAGUCUUUAACUAUUCAAUGCAACUCUGUCAUUGGUAUUUGCAUAUUUUGGAGCUGCAUGAUACCGCAAAAGAAGGUGAUCUAAAUCGAACAAUUCUCAACUGUAAAUAUUCAAUUCCAUUUUUCUAUUCUCAUUCAAGAUUAAGCAAAUACCUGGUUGAGAAUGUGGACUAUCUAUUGAAAACAGAAAAAUUACUGUCUCCUUUGCAACGCAUUCGUGUUUUGGAGGGUUCCUAUGUCAACAUUUGGGGUGGUCAUGGCAAUAAUGUUGAAUGUGACUUAGUACAGGCACACAGUGUAUGUAAUCAAAAAGCUCUAAUCAAAGCAUUGGGAGCAAACAAAAGUGAGAAAUCCAUUUCUCGUGUGACCGCAUCAGCUGAUGCAAUUGAUGAAGUCUGCACAAAAUUUGAUAGAAGUGUGAAUUUAAAGCCAAAAAGUGGCAGACAUUCUUUGUCAUUUUCUGAAGCAGACAGUGAAAUUGUUUAUAAAAAAUUGAGAGACUUAAGACCAUUUCAACACUACCCAGGCAGAACCUGUAAGGGAUUCAAUAAUAUAAGCCCUGUUCCACUCCCUGGGGAAGAAAUGCCCAAACUGAGAGAGAGACUUAACCAAAUCAUAAAGAGACUUUCACGUGGCUUUCAAAUUAUGCCGGCUGAGGAGGAUGCGUUUGAUCCUGAUAAUGAAAUUAUUGAUAAUCUGCCACCAUUAUGAAUCUGUUGUCUGUAAAUACGACAACAUUUCCCCUAUGUUGUUUGCUUCGUGCAUGGAGAUUUUAUAAUUUUAUCCAUUGCAUAAGUUACAUGUAUGGCAUUAUGUUAAAUGGAUUAGAACAAUUUCCAUUUUUGCUUAAGGUCUAAGUUGGCUUCACCAAAUAAAGAAUGCUGUAUCACUCUGUAUCUAAUACAUGUAUAUUCAAAGCUGUUAGCAAUUCAUGGUUAUUCAUGGUGAACUGUAAUGUAUUUAUUUUUCUACAACCUGUUAAAAGAUUUCAA